AUGGCUGGCGGUAACCCCAAGCACUUCAAUCUCCAAGAUGACCCUUUCGAGCUCUUCUUACUCGGAGAGGGUGAGAAGAAGAUCGAGGAGAAGGUUUUCUCAGGGAUGUCCAAUACCUCCGAUUUUGUUCUCAUGAAAGAAGACCACACUCUUGGUAACCUUCUCUCCGAGCACCUGAAGAUGCACCCCAAUGUCUACAUGGCUGGAUAUAAGAUCGCUCACCCCAAUGUUCCGGAGCUUUUCAUACGAGUCCAGACAGACGGGACCAUCACCCCUCGAGAUGUCUUUACUUCUGUCUGUGAGAAGCUUAUUAAACAGCUCGAGAUGCUGCAUCAGGAGUUCACGCGAGAGUGGGAAUUGAGACGCAUCACGAACACUGGUGAGCAGGGAAACAUGCAGAACGGUCACUGA